AUGUCGCUAUGUUCAGUCAAGUCAGAUCUCGAAAUAAAUAAAUUGGUCAUGGCUGAUGUCGAGGAACAUAAACAUCAGGAAACUAAUUUCCAUGAGGGAGAAGUAACAGAGAAACCGGCUCCGGCGAGGACGGGUCCUCAUGGCGUGCAGGUCGUGAACACCGGCCCUGACCACUCGUUCGUUCUGGAUGAAGAGGCCCUCGAGGAGUUGCUACUCCAAGAUGAUAUUAAGGAUAGAUCAGCAGUCGUUAUAUCAGUCGCAGGGGCGUUUAGGAAAGGCAAGUCCUUCUUGCUGGACUUCUUCCUCCGAUAUAUGCAUCAUAAGUACGGUGCGGGCGGUGGGGGCGGCGAGUGGCUCGGCAGCGAGGAGGACCCGCUGGUCGGGUUCAGCUGGCGCGGCGGCUCCGAGCGCGACACCACCGGCAUCCUCAUGUGGUCUGAGAUCUUCAAGGCCACACUCGAGGAUGGUGAAAAGGUAGCAAUAAUCCUGCUGGACACGCAGGGCGCAUUCGACAGUGAGUCGACGGUGCGCGACUGCGCCACCGUGUUCGCGCUCUCCACCAUGCUCUCCUCCGUGCAGAUAUACAACCUCUCGCAGAACAUACAGGAGGACGACCUGCAGCAUCUACAGUUGUUCACAGAGUACGGGCGGCUGGCGCUGGAGGACGGCGGGCGCACGCCCUUCCAGCGCCUGCAGUUCGUGGUGCGCGACUGGAGCUUCCCCUACGAGGCGGCGUACGGCGCGCGCGGCGGCCAGGCCAUCCUGCAGCGAAGGCUCAAGGUAUCAGACAAGCAGCACCCCGAGCUGCAGUCGCUGCGCAAGCACAUCACGUCGUGCUUCGCGGAGAUCGCGUGCUUCCUGAUGCCGCACCCGGGCCUGCGCGUCGCCACCAGCCCCGACUUCGACGGCCGCCUCGCGGACAUCGAGCCGGAGUUCAAGCGCGCGCUGCAGCAGCUGGUGCCGAUGCUGCUGGCGCCGCACAACCUGGUGCCCAAGCUCAUCAACGGGCAGCGCGUGCGCGCCAAGGACCUGCUCUUCUACUUCAAGAGCUACAUGAACAUAUACCGCGGCAACGAGCUGCCCGAGCCCAAGAGCAUGCUGGUGGCCACAGCGGAAGCCAACAACCUGACAGCAGUGGCGGAAGCAAGAGACGUGUACACCACCCUGAUGGAGGAGGUGUGCGGCGGCGCGCGGCCCUACCUGCAGCAGACGCUCCUGGAGGCAGAGCACACGAGGAUUAAGGACAAGGCCCUCAUAGCAUUCAGGGCCAAGCGCAAGAUGGGUGGAGAUGACUUCAGUAAAGCGUAUAGUGAUCAAUUGAUACAGGACCUGGAGGAGCAGUUCCAGCAGUUCCGCGCGCAUAACGAGAGCAAAAACAUCUUCAAGGCGGCGCGCACGCCGUCCGUGCUGUUCGCGGUCUCGCUCGUGUUCUACGUGCUGAGCGGCGUGCUGGGGCUCGUGGGGCUGUACCCGCUCGCCAACCUCUGCAACCUCGCCAUGGGGCUGGGGCUGCUCACGCUCGCGCUCUGGGCGUACAUCAGAUACAGCGGUGAAAUGAGAGAAGUAGGAAUUACAAUUGACGAAUCAGCAAAUUGGUUGUGGGAGAACGUAAUGAAACCAGUGUACCAAGCUGGGCUAGAGAAGGGUAUGGAGCACGCGGCGGCGGCGGCGGCCGAGCGCGCCCUCGGCCCCUCCGCGCCCAGCGCCAACGGCAAGCACAAGCAUUUG